UGGCCUGCUCCACAUUUAGGGAAAUGGAAGAGAAUCUUUGAGCCUCAUUUCACUUUUGAGUCUGACUUCUACUUGGACAAGAAGAGGUCUGUGGAGGUACCCAUGAUGCACCUUAAGUCUCUCACCACACCCUAUUUCCAGGAUGAGGACCUGUCCUGCUCUGUGGUGGAGCUGAAGUACACAGGCAAUGCCAGCGCCCUGUUCAUCCUCCCUGAUGAGGGCAGGAUGCAGCAGGUGGAAGCCAGCUUACAACCAGAGACCCUGAGGAAGUGGGAAGACUCUAUGAGGACCAGGAAGAUUGAUGAUCUCUACAUGCCCAAGUUUUAUAUUGCCACUGACUACAACCUGAAGAAAAUCCUUCCACACCUGGGCAUCAAUGAAGUCUUCUCCUCACAGGCUGACCUGUCUGGGAUCACUGAGGCCAAGGACCUGAGAGUCUCUCAGGUGAUCCACAAGAGUGUGCUGAACAUGGCUGAGACAGGCACAGAAGCAAAUGCCACCACGGGAUGGAGUCCUGUGGGAUCGGCUCUAAUUUUGAACCCUCUGAGAGUGUAUUUCAACGGGCCAUUCAUGAUGAUUGUCUCUGACACAAAUACUCAGACUCCACUCUUUAUGGCCAAAGUCACAAAUCCCAAGGGAAACUAGAAUUUCUCAAGUAGUGAGGCUUCUUCUUGCGGGCCAGGGAUUGAGCCUGUAUGUGGGUCUCUAUGUGCAUUUUGGCCUCCAUGCUCUGACUGGCUGUGGCAUUCCGGUAUUGGACAGUGACAGUGACUAACUGUAUGACUCCCUCAUGGACAGAAUACUGGGGACAGUCAAAUGUCAGGUUCCCUGUCCUCUGACAGCACUGGCUCACAUUCCUGAGCCUGAACUCUGUCUUUGUGUUUCUCCCUGCUGCCUGUCAUGUAUCUGCUUCUACACAAAAGCCUGGGCCCUGGCAGGUAGGAUCAGUUCCUAGCCAGGCUCUGGUUAUGUUUGCCUUCAGCUUCUGCAGGCUUGAUGGGACUAUGCAAACUUAGAGGCCAACCUCAGCCCCAGCACUGAGAAGGGAAACUGCCAUCCUGAGUCUAUUUCCAGCACCUGGCAUCACUGUGUGCCCAGUUCCUGCCUCACACUUUCCCUCUUCCAGGCUCUGCCACCCACUGUCCCUUGCAGGGGCUCCUGACCCUGCCCACAUCUGGCACAGUUUUUGGAUCUCUCAUUCCUGCAGCUCAUGGAGUCAGUUGGUCAGACCAGCUUCUUUCCCCCUAGGAUACAAACCUAGGGCAGUGAAGUCCUUUUCUAGGUUCCCCACUGACCAACUUCACACAACAGAUGGACACCUCUGCCUUCCUUACCCAAAAUACAGGGCUUGGAG